AUGGCUCCUGUGGGGCAUUGUUGCCUCCUCUUCCUCUUUGUCACCGUGUGUUACUGGGUGCCAGCACGCUGCUAUGAAAAUGGCAAAGUCACCAAAGUGUGUGGCAGCAUGGAUGCCCACCACGGUGUCCCCGGUCAGACGAGCCCCAGUCCCUACUGGGUGACGACUAACACCACUGUGUUCAAACCUGGAGAUUACAUCCAAGUCAUCGUGACCGGAUCGACAUAUUUCGAGGGUUUCUUCCUUCAGGCCAGAGAUGCAACCAAUCAGAGCUCAGUAACCACGGUUGGCUCCUUCACCCUGACUGAUAACGUCCACACACAGCUGCUCACCUGCAGUAAGCACCAGGGUUCAGCAGUGAGUCAUACAAGCGAUCACAGACAAACAAAGGUGACAGUCAUCUGGAAAGCUCCUGAAGAUGCUCCCAGUGAGGUUCAGUUCUUUGUAACUAUGGUUGCACACUACCAUCUAUUCUGGGUGAAGCAGCGAGGACCAGUCAUCUCCCAGCAUGGUGUCACCCCUCACCCAACUCAGCCCACCACUACCACCACUACAAGACCAACCACCACACCCUCUGUCCUGCCUGGACCUUUCACAGCUGAUGGAUGCGGCCAACAGAAAUCCUGCCUCUUGGACCCUCCAGGCUGUGAUCCAGAAGGAGAUUCUCAGUGCUUCUUUCUGUCAAUGACUACAGAGGGAGCAGACAAAACGUCUGUGAUGUUUGAGAUGAGUGGACCAGCGGAAGGAUACCUUGCCUUUGCCCUGUCCUGGGACAAAUGGAUGGGUAAUGAUGAUGUGUACCUGUGUGUAAAAGAUGGGAACAGAGUGUCAGUGACUGCUGCGUUCGUCAGUGGUAGAACACACCCAGAGGACGAGUCACAGGCUGGUCUCUCCUGGGUGUCAUGGCGACUGGCAGAUGGAGUGAUCCAGUGCACGUUCAGUCGGCCAGUCAAACUGUCCUAUCAGGAACCACAGCGCUAUGAUCUGGACCAAGAGUACUAUCUGUUUCUAGCCAGUGGACAGGCUGUGUAUGGUGAAACAAAGAGGCAUCAUCAACAACCAUUAAUCUCCUCCUACAAAAAACGUAUCACAGGCCCACCUGAGGUUCUAGAAGGCUCCAGAGGACCAAUCCUUCUGAAAAUGCAUGGUGCACUGAUGCUCAUAGCCUGGAUGCUAACAGGAAGUGUUGGAACCUUCAUCGCCAGCUUCUAUAAACCCGAUUGGCCAAAUCAGCUUCUGUUUGGCCAGAAAGUUUGGUUCCAGGUUCAUCGAAUCCUGAUGACGGUAACUGUGGUUCUGACCGUUGUGGCCUUUACCCUUCCAUUUUUCUACAGGAAGGGCUGGAGUGAGCAUGCAGGUGUCCAUCCUUACUUAGGUUGUUGUGUCCUGGCGUUAUCUCUGUUUCAACCAAUCAUGGCUGCAUUCAGACCAUCACCUGACUCUCACAGACGAUACAUCUUUAACUGGGCUCACUGGGGAGUUGGAGCUGUGACUGAGUUGAUGGCAGUGGUAGCAAUGUUCUUUGGCGCGCGUCAAUCGUCGAUGCUCCUCCCCCCGCCAUGGACAACGCAUGUUCUGAUUGGCUACGUUACCUGGCAGGCCUCGUUCAGGUUCCUUCUCCUGCUGCACAAGCAUCUUAACAUCAGAAAAUCAUUUGGAGCAGCUGACCAAGAGGCCAUUCUUAGUAACACAUCACAGCCCAGUCAAUGGGAGGCCUUCAUCAAGUCCAUCAUUUUUGCAUCUUUCGCUUUGGGAAACUCUGGUCUCCUAACAGCCUUACUGUCUUCUAUCGCUGAAGUUUGA